GUAGCGUGUUGCAUUAUUGUGUCAUUUUCAGUCUGGCGCACAUAAUCCUGGUAAUUGAAAGCGCCAUAUUUUAUAACAAUAAUAAUAAAACAUGCUGCGGCGUUCUUGUCGCGGUACUGGACGGGGGAGCGUAAACGAAGUUGGCGUGGUUGAUGCUUGAUCGACUUCCUGUUAACAUCACAUUUGCCAGUUUGCCUCUUGCCCUUGUUUAAGUGAAUUAUUUUCUGACCGUCCUCUAUAUUUGCAAAGAAUAUCAUGCUGGACUUGAAAACAAAAACAGUUGGAUUUGUUGGGGGAGGAAAUAUGGCGUAUGCGGUUGCUAUGGGGAUAGUGAAGGCAGGAUUAGUUGAUCCCGGCGAUGUAUCGGUCAGCAAUAGAUCAAAAGAAAAGCUACAUAUGUUUAGCAAAGAAGGCAUUCAAGUCACACAAGAUAACAUCGAAGUAUUUUCAAAAUGUGACAUAAUAGUCCUUGCUGUGAAACCACAGAUCUUUUCAGUUGUCAUCAGUGAACUGAAAGAACGUGGGAAUCACAUCAACUUAUCUCAGAAAAUAUUUGUGUCUGUGAUGGGGUCGAACAAAAUUGAAGAAAUGGAAGAAACACUGGGAAAAGGAACUAAAAUUGUUCGUUCAAUGCCAAAUACUCCAUGUCUGGUUGGUGCUGGAACGAUAAUGAUUUCUAGAGGAAACAAUCUUACUGAUGAUGAAUAUGAAUGUGUGAAAGUCUUGUUAUCAUCAUGCGCGGAGUGUUUUGAAUGCCCAGAAACACUACUCGGACCUGCUUCAAGUGUUAUGGGAUGUGCCACAGCCUAUUUUUUUAUUGCCAUAGAAUCAUUAGCAGAUGGAGGUGUUAUGCAUGGUUUACCAAGAGACCUUGCUUUGAAACUUGCAUCAAGAGCUGUUAUGGGAGCUGGUAAACUCGCCCUAGAGUCCGAUAAACAUCCAGAACAACUCAAAGACGCUGUUGCAUCACCUGGUGGAACUACUAUACGGGGAUUAUAUGCUAUAGAAAAAGCUGGGUUCAGGUCUGCUCUGAUAGAUGCAGUAAAUGCUACAACAGCGAAGCUAUAAUUCAUAAACAUGUAUUGCAUGUAAAUGGUAACUGUGCAGCAGGGCUGGGCAUUUUCGAAUAUCUGGUGAUUGCAGGCGAGAAUCUUGAAUAGAUGUCUAAUUGUAUAUGAGACUUUGUUUAAAUGGGUCCUUCAGGCACAAACUACUAUUCGAUUCGAAAUGCCCAGCUCUACUAGACUGAACAAAAAAUUAUGUUGGAUUAUAGUCUUUAUUAUAGUGCAAUAAAAAGCGAGAGAAAAG